AUGAUGAGCUUGAAAGUUGAAGAGUUAUCGAAUAAACGGACGGCCGGACACACUGACCGAUUCUAUAGUGUACUCUUUUUUUUUUGAGUACACAAAAAUGAUUGCCUAAUACUUUUGUUUUAGGAAAGACAAUUUUUAAAUAUAACAAAUAUUAUUUUUACAAUUAUAUUUACAAUUGAAAUGAUGAUGAAAAUUCUUGCAAGUGGACUUAUAUGUGAAGAAAAUUCGUAUUUACGUAGUGGAUGGAAUGUUAUAGAUGGUUCUCUUGUUAUCAUAUCAAUUAUUGAUCUUGCUAUGAUGCAUCGUGGAACAGUAACAUCAUCACAUGUCGAAUCAGAAACAGCAACACAUAUAUGUAGUAUGUUAAGAGUGUUUCGUCUAUUCCGAACAUUAAGACCACUAAGAGUUAUCAGUCGAGCACCUGGUCUUAAACUUGUCGUGCAAACGUUACUUUCAUCAUUAAGACCGAUUGGUCAUAUUGUUCUUAUUUGUUGCACUUUUUUCAUUAUAUUUGGUAUUCUUGGUGUUCAGGUAAACUUUCUUGUUAACUAUCCCAAUUAG